AUGUUUGCAUUAGCAGAGCUUCAGCAUAUCAAUGGAGGACGGGCUGCUGUUGCCGCCACGGUUUGCAACGAAGUGUUUCCUAGUGGAAAAUCAUGGGGAGGCCAUAUAAGGGCAUGUUACAAGAAGGAGGAAGACGAAAAGGAUCGAGAAGAUACUGAUGAUUGGAGGGUACAUGAUUGCUCUUCUUCAGAAUCAGAAUCAGAGUUUGAAUUUCAUGUUGAUGUUGAUGAGAGUAGUACUAAAGGGUCCGUGGAGCCCGUCGAUUUGAGGGAGUAUCUCCCACGGGGUUGGUCAGGAAAUAGCAAGAAGAAAAGAUCUAGAAAAAAUAAGCUCAAAUUUGCUGCUUUAAAUCAAGCCAGAAAGAAAAGUUUUGCAGAUCACAUUCUUGAAGCUGCAGCCUUAAACCUUCUACUGUGGCCUUCAGUCUGUGAUAGCAAACAGAAGGGUAUUAGAGAAGAAUUAGCCAAGUACCAAGAUAGGUUUGCUCAUCAACUUGCCUUGAAUAAGAAGCCAAUGAAAAGCAUUGCUUAUACGCGAGAAAAAAGGUCCUCAGAGUUCAAAGUGGGACAUGAAAGAACAUACGUGUGCAGGGAAUGUGGAUUAGUUUUUGACAGCUUCCAAGGUCUCGGCGGCCACCUGGCCGCCCACAAUAGGAAGAGAGAGAGGGAAAAAGAAGGGAAAUUGGAUCUGGUAAGUGGGGUUCAUCAAGAUUCGAGAGGCAAAAACGUUAUAAUUGGUGAUGCUCCUAGAAAAGAGUACAAGUGUAACCUGUGCGAAAGAAGUUUUGCAAGUGGACAAGCUCUCGGCGGACAUAUGAGCUAUCAUGGCACUGCUCAUAAGGUUUACAAGCAUGAAGGACAUAAUAGCCAUCACAUCACUGCUGAUACGGAAAAUAAUGACUCCGCAUCCAGCUAUGAGGCAUCGAAUGGGGCAGAUAGUCAAUAUUCCAAUCCUCAAUCUAGUGUACAAGUUAGUCACCUUGAUCCUCAACCUGGUAGUGCAUUGGAUUUGAACAUGGCUCCAGAUGAGGGUUUAUGGGGAAAUGAUGUUGGAGUCCAAAAAAAAUCUCAGUUAAGUUAG